GGAGAGGGGAGGUGCGCCACGUGCGCGCGCGGGAUCACGUGCCGUGUGAACCACUGGUGCCGACGGCGCACGUGCAGGCGCGUCGCGCGGUCAGGGCUCUGAGCGCGGGGGCAGUGAGAGGCGACAGGGGGGAUUGGUUUGCGUUCAGACUAUGGUGCGGCUGGCACCUAACUACUGGCGGCCUCCGCUUCCCUGGCGAUGAAUUUCCACCUCCGUCCGCUGGUGGCGCUCCUGGCGCUGUCGGUCGCCUCAGGCGAUGACCCCGUGGUGACCCAGGUGGACCUGAGCGGGGAGGUCAGCCGACUGACCCACCUGCGGGUCAGUCCGGGCUCGGGACAGGUCUAUGUGGCCGGGGUCAACCGGAUCUACCAGCUGUCGCCAGCGCUGGCCCGACUACAGGAGGUGGCCACCGGACCCCAGCAGGACAGUCCGCAGUGUCCCGCCUCCGGGUGCGCUGAAGGUGUCGAGACGGCGCCCACAGACAACGUGAACAAAGUGCUGGUGGUGGACCAGGAGACAAGGACGUUGCUGGCCUGCGGAUCCGUGCGGCAGGGAGCGUGCGUCAAGUACGAACUGGCGAACAUAACGCGGCCCAGUCAACAGCUGCCGCAUGCCAUAGCUGCCAACGACGCCAACUCGUCGACGGUAGCCUUCAUCGGACCGGAACACUACAACCCGUGGGGUAACACAAACGUGUUGUAUGUUGCCACUACCUUUACACUGGUGGGCAACUACCGCAACAACGUGCCGGCCAUCUCCACGCGUAACCUCCAUGAUCUGGAUUUUGCUGAGCGCUCCUUCAACAAACACUCCAUGAUGACCAUCGAUGUCAAGUACCGGGACCACUUUCUGGUGGAGUACGUGUACGGCUUCCACGAGGGCGACUACGCCUACUUCCUGACGGUACAGAGACGCUCCCACCUGCCCGGCCAGCAGGAGCAGGGCUACGUGUCCAGGAUCGUGCGCACCUGCGUCACGGACGCCAACUACGACAGCUACGUGGAGAUGACGCUGACCUGUGGUGGUGACAACCUGCUUCAGGCGGCGCGUGUGGCCGAGGCCGGCCAGGACCUGACCUGGGACGCCGGCGUUCUGGACCGUGACCGAGUGCUGGUGGUGGCCUUCUCGCCUAGUCAAGGCUUCACUAACGAGCCCCAGGAGCGGUCCAGCGUGUGCGUGUUCUCCAUGAAGGAGGUCGAGCAAAAGUUCAACGAAAACAUCCACAUGUGCUUCAACGGAUCGAUGCAGUACCGAAACAUGGAGUACAUCUCCGGUCCCGUUCUCAACGGACAAUGCCCGAAAGCCGGGGUAAGUCGUCGCUGAAAUCAUGGUGACUGUU